AUGGGCAAAGUUCUUGUUACCGGAGGCAGCGGCUUCAUUGCAGCCCAUGUUUUGAACGUCCUGUUGAGUCGCGGAUACACUGUGGUGACCACCGUGCGAUCCGCUGCCAAAGGCAAUCAGAUUCUCGCUGCCCAUAGUGAUGCCACCCAGGGUGAGCUGUCAUAUGUCAUAGUGGAGGAUAUUGCCAAGAGCGAUGCUUUUGAUAAUGCGGUUAAAUCUAAUCCGCCGUUUGACUACGUGAUACAUACAGCCUCCCCUUUCCACCACAAGUUUGAUGAUCCUGUGAAAGACAUCUUGGAGCCUGCUAUCAAUGGCACCACAGGUAUUCUUCGCGCAAUCAAAGCCAAUGCACCGGGGGUCAAGCGGGUGGUGAUAACCUCAUCAUUCGCGGCAGUCGCCAACGCGGAUUCGCCGCCCGCAAUUUAUGACGCUUCAUCCUGGAAUCCAGUGACGUGGGAGGAAGCCGUGACGGUUCGCACAAAGACAUAUCGCGCAAGUAAAACUUUUGCGGAGAGGGCAGCCUGGGACUUCGUUGACAAAGAAAAGCCAAAUUUCGAUCUCGCUACUGUCAACCCUCCCCUUGUGUAUGGUCCGAUUGCGCACCAUCUAGACAGCCUUGAUAAACUCAACACCUCGAACCAGCGCAUACGAGACUUCAUUCAAGGGAAAUGUACGAAAGAGAUGCCACCAACAGGAUCAUUCAUCUUCACCGAUGUUCGCGACUUGGCAUUGGCUCAUGUUCGGGCCAUUGAAGUGCCGGAAGCAGGGGGAAAGCGGUUCUUGAUUACAGCCGGACAUUAUUCGAACAAGGAAAUUGUUGAGGUGAUGCGUAAGACGCACCCCGAGCUGGCGUCCCGUCUACCUGCAGACCCGAUCGACGAUUUCCCGAAGAACGUCUAUGGCUAUGAUAACUCAGCAGCUCGGAAGGUGUUGGGUAUCGAGUUUCGCUCGCUUAAAGAGUGCAUUGAUGAUACCACUGCAUCGCUUCUGGAACUAGGUGCCUACUCACUCUAG